CCAAAUGUCAUGGCUGACGAAGAGCUGAGCGCCCGAGCCACCAAAAAGGGAAGUUUGUCACCCAGCAGCUCCCGGGGCAGCACGACGGAGUCAAGCACACUGCUGCAGGAGCUGAAGAGCACCAUCUCGUAAGGGCAGCACUCACUUUUCCUUGGGCAGCUCUUGAAGUUAAUCUGAGCAUUACCAAAUGUGGCUUAAUUUAACAAGGUUGAUUAAUUUGCAGCCCCACGACUGAAGGGAUAAGUGUUGCGGUGCCUUGCAGCGUUGCUGCUGCAGAGUGGCAUGGCCUCAGAUGUGCCCUGCUCUGUCCCGUGCUAGGUGCUGUACACAGAGUGCAGCCCCGCGCUGCGCUGCCAGCAGCUUGCUGCCUGUUUUGGGUGCAAAAUCAAUUCAGGGCUUCACAGUAGCGCAGACUGGUCUGCUAUGACCUCGUGGGAUGUGGUUUUACGCCUGCUCUGCUCUCCCUAGGGUUAGGGUAGAGCACGCUGCUCUAGAGCUGGGUUGUGGGUGCACAGGGAAACUCGGAGCAUGGGAAGAAAGGGCUGUGCUGACCCAUGGGUGCAGGCAGCCUUCGGCUCUUGGUGCUCCAGUGUCCCUGUCUGGCAUUGUCGCUCACGCCGGGGUGCACAUGUGGGGUCUGGAAGGGCCUGGGGACAGCGCUGUCCUCGGGAGCCCUGGGCAGCAGCUGUGGCAGAGAGCUGGGCGGGUUGAGGAAUGCCCUGGCUGCUGCGGUGUUGUACUGCUCUGCACUAACACCUUUUGUCUCUGUCCCACGCAGCAAAUCCGUGCAGAACAAAGUUGACGCCAUCCUGCAAGAUGUCCAGAAGUUUUCAGAUAGCGACAAGCUCUACCUCUACCUCCAGCUGCCAUCAGGACCAAGCCUGGGGGAGAAGAGCGGUAGCCUGGACUUGAGCUCACUGAGCACGGCCGAGUACAUGCAUGCGUGCAACUGGAUCCGGAACCACCUGGAGGAGCACACGGACACCUGCCUGCCCAAGCAGGACGUCUACGAUGCCUACAAGCGAUACUGUGAUAACCUCUGCUGUCGCCCUCUGAGCACCGCCAAUUUCGGCAAGAUCAUCCGGGAGAUAUUCCCAAACAUCAAAGCCCGACGGCUGGGAGGCCGAGGACAGUCGAAGUACUGCUACAGCGGGAUCCGGAGGAAGACGGUGGUCAGCCUGCCGCCUCUGCCCAGCCUAGACCUCAAAGUGACCGAGACCCAGUCGGAGCUGACGGACCUGGUGCAGUCCUACAACAGCGAGGUGAUGGAGGCAGCCUGCGCCCUGACCUGCGACUGGGCCGAGAAGAUCCUCAAGCGCUCCUUCAACAACAUCGUGGAGGUGGCCCAGUUCCUCAUCCAGCAGCACAUCAUCAGCUCCCGCUCACCCCGCGCCGACCUGGUCAUGGCCAUGGUGGUCUCAGAGAGCAUGGAGAAGGUCCACCGCGAGAUUUGGACCCCGUCGACAGCGAAGAAGAAUGGCCUGGACGCCUCCGAGAGCAGCGACAGGAGCCAGGGGCAGAUCAAGAAGGACAGCAGCCCCAAGCCCCCCGGCCCGCCCCGGCCCGAGAAGAAGAAGCCCCCGGAACCCCCCAAGGUGGCCAGCAGCCCCCAGGUGAACGCCUUGGUCGCCCGCCUGCCCCUGCUCCUGCCCCGCAUCCCGCCGGGGGAGUGCCUGACGGCACCUGGCGCCGCAGCUGUCCGCUCCUCCCCUCCCGUCCUGGCCCCCAAAAUCACGGCCGCCCCCCUGGGGGGCACCAUCAAGGUGGCCCUGCCGCUGCCGGUGGGCACAGCCUCCCCCUCCCUACCCCUGGGGCUGGCCCCGGGGGCCAAUGGGCCAGCGGGGCUCCUGAGCCAGCAAGCCGCUGUGCCGGUCCUCAACGUGCUGCUGCCCGGCAUGGGCGUCCCCACGGCCGAGACCCCCGCCAACCCCCGGAGCGCGGGGGGCAGCGAGGGUCCCGGCCCCCAGGACUCGCAGCGCCCCAGGGCCACCAAGCGUCCCCUGGAGCUGGCCGGCGACGCUGCCCCCCAGAAACGGAGACGUGGGCGGCCACGGAAGAGGCUGGAGGAAGGGGCCACGGGGUCCCCGGGGGAGACGGCGGAGCUUGGCAGCGGGGCGGCUGUGGGUGCCGAUGGCGGUGGCUCUCCCGGAGGUGGCAGUGCCACCGGACCCCUCGGGGACAGCCUGGCCGGGGGGUCCCUGCCCACCCAGGUCAGCGUCAUCCAGGACGGCAGGACCAGUGCCAAGGUUGUUGACGGCCACGAGCUGGCACCAGAGGAGGAGGAGGCACAGCGGAGCCUGGACGAGGCCGGGUCCCCACUGGGUGACACCGGGACUGCCUGGGACCCCUCUGCCGGGGAGCCCCGUGCCUCACACCACGACGGACGGACACAGGCAGGCACCGGUUCCGCUGCUGACACGUCCAAGGGGGGCUCACCGGGGCGGGCAGGGCUCUGCGCCCACCCUGGCACUUAGGGGCUGCUCCCCGGGUGACCCCCCCCCGUGCCUUGCCCUGCAUCCCGCCAUUAAAAACCAAGCGCUCUGUC